CCCGGACAUUCACUCCUCCUUGUCGCAGCGCCAUUGCCCCCGGCCCGAAUGUCUUGCAGCUUCUGAACACAGAUCGCGACCAUCUAGACGACCUCGCCGAGCUCCUUGAACUCUAUCAUCAUCGUGGUGGUGGGUUCCUAAGUGCGAUCCUUGGUUUCCCGGGUUUCCCAGCUGCAGUGCCUCGCGACUUUCUCGAACACCACUUUAUUAUCUCCACCACUUGAGAAUCGAUUCGAUUCCGACCUACCACAACAACAACAGAGAUGGCCUCCAGCUUCCCUUUGCGCCGACUUCCGGCCGCUCUUGCCCGUCGCCAACCCCGGGUUAUCAACACUUCGAAGCACACAACCAGCCUUCACUUCAGCCCUCAUAUCCAAGCACAAGCACAACCUCCACGAGCCCUCACCUCCCUCCGCUGCACACACACAGACACAUACACCUCGCUAACAAACCCUUCCAUCCACACUACAGGCCUGAACUCCACCUCCGCCGUGCAGUACCAGAACCCCGCCUACCCGCUCUACCCAUCGGUCAGCAGCCUGCUGCACGAGAAGGGGAUCCCGGAAUCGGAGAUCUCCAAGAUCCCCGCCACGGGCCCCAAGGGCCGACUCCUGAAGGGCGACGUCCUCGCCUACCUGGGCAAGAUCCCCGCCGAGUACCCGGCGACCCAAGCGGCGCGCUUCGCCAAGCUGGGCCAGCUGGACCUGAGCAACAUCAAGAUUGUCGCUGCUGAAGCCCCCAAGCCCGCCGAAGCUGAACCCACCCCCAAGCCUGCCGAAGCCCCCGUCUUCCGUCCACCUCCCACCACCCGCGUCGCCGUCCCCAUCUCCCUGGCCGCCGUGCUGCACGCCCAGAAGCGCCUGCAGGACAAGCUGCACAUCACCGUGCCGCUGUCGACCUUCCUGGAGCGCGCCACCGACCUCGCCAACGAGGACCUCCCCCGCUCCGUGCGCGAGCAGCUCACGGCGGACGAGCUCUUUGACGAGCUCGUCCUGGGCGCCGCCCCCGCCCGCACCUCCCGCGGCGAGUACUUCCCCGAGUUCAACGCCCAGGAGGCGGCAGCGGCAGCAGCAGCAGCAGCGGAUGCCGUCGCCAUCCCCAAAACCAAGUCCGUCACGGAGGAUAUCAUCGACAUUCUGGCCGGCAGUGGCAAGGCCGCCGCCAAGAAGGUGGUUUCCUCGGUUUCCUCGGUCACCGGCGCAGCGCCGGCCGCGGGCGCGGCCAACGUCUUCAGCUUGACGGUCCCCGUGGGCGAUGAGAAGAGAGCUCAGGUUUUCUUGGACCGCGUCAAGUCGCUGUUGACGGUUGAGCCGGGCCGGCUUGUUCUAUAG